AUGGAAAAACACUUCUUGGUGAUCUUCUCCUUUCUCUGCUUAAUUGUGGCAGGGGCUUCCUUGAAGUGUACAACAUGUCACCUUCAGACGCAGGCAGACCGCUGUCGAAGAGGUUUCGGAAUCUGCGUUGCUCAGAAAGAUGAGCAAUGCAUGAUAUUAAAGAUCUUCCAGGGUGACACUCUACAGCUGUCAUAUAUGGUCUGUCAAAAAUUCUGCCAAAACUUGACCAUGGUGUAUGACAAGCGGACUUAUGUUCAUGAAUGCUGCAAAGAAAAUUUUUGUAACUUUAGAUUGUAA